UCAUACUUCAAUUCAUGGUUCAUGUUCAAUUUUCUCACAUUUACAAACAAGAAUAACAGGUACUUUUUUCUCUUCUUAAUUCAAUUCAAACAUGAUUUGUCUCGAAAGUUCAUAUAGUCGACUCCAACUUGUCUGAGAUUGAGACUUAGUUGUAUAAAGGGGUCGGGAAGUCUUGUAUAGCCGACUCUAAACCUGUUUUGGAUCGAGGCGUGUUGUGAUUUAGCGUUUGAGAGACUUUCACUGAUACGACUAGACUACUAAUACUACUUGAACCAAAUGACUAGGAUUAUUCCAGCUGAAAUAUUUCCUCAAUGCCCCUUUUUCUCCAAUAAUUUGAAGCCAAAAUCUCAAUCUUCAAAGCAUAAUUUUGUUGUAAGAUGUAGUAGUAGCAAUGACCAAAGUAAAGUAAAGACUGGAAAUCCUUUAAGGGUCAAAAUUUCUAGUGAAAAUUAUAGACCUACACAUGAUAUGAAAGUGCUAAAUUGGUCAUGUAAAGUAGGCAAAUAUGAUGAAACUUUGUAUCUACUUGAAUGUAAGGUGAAGAGUGGUUAUAAACCUGAUGUGAUUCUGUGUACAAAGCUCAUUAAGGGAUUUUUCAACUCGAAAAAUUCGGAUAAAGGGGUGAAGGUUAUGCAAAUUUUGGAGCAAUUUGGUGAACCAGAUGUGUUUGCAUAUAAUGCACUUAUAAGUGGAUUUUGUAAAAUGAACAAGAUUGAAGAAGCUAAUAUGGUGUUGAAUAGGAUGAAAGCUCGUGGCUUUCCUCCGGAUUCUGUUACGUAUAAUAUCUUGAUAGGUAGUCUUUGUGAUAGAGGGAAACUAGGAUCAGCAUUGAAGUUGUUGGAUCAGUUGAAAGAAGAAAACAAUUGUAAGCCUACUGUUAUUACUUACACAAUCUUGAUAGAGGCAACGAUUCUUGAAGGCGGAAUUCAUGAAGCAAUGAAGCUUCUCGAUGAGAUGUUAUCGAGAGGGCUUCAACCUGAUAUGUACACUUAUAAUGCAAUUAUCAGGGGAAUGUGUAGAGAAAAGAUGAUGGAUCAAGCCUAUGAGUUCGUUAGGAGCUUGCCAUCUAAGGGAUGCAUGCCUGACGUGAUUUCCUAUAACAUUUUGUUAAGGGCAUUGUUGCAUCAUAAGGGGAAAUGGAGUGAUGGGGAGAAGCUAAUGAAUGAGAUGUUAUCUGAAGGAUGUGAACCAAAUGUGGUUACUUAUAGCAUAUUGAUGAGUGCUUUAUGUAGAGAUGGGAAAUUAGACGAAGCGAUUAACUUGUUAAAGAUAAUGAUGGAUAAAGGAUUAACACCUGAUACAUUUACUUAUGAUCCAUUGAUUUCUGCAUUUUGCAAAGGAGGGAGAUUAGAUUUGGCUAUUAAGUUCUUGGAUUACAUGAUCUCGAACGGAUGCUUGCCUGAUAUAGUGAACUAUAACACUAUACUUUCUACAAUGUGUAAGAAGGGGAAAGCCGAUGAGGCAGUGGAAGUGUUUGAGAAGCUCGCGGAAAUAGGAUGCCCUCCUGAUGUAAGCACUUAUAAUACAUUGAUGAGCGCGUUAUGGAAUAAUGGAGGGAGAGCUAGGGCCUUGAAAAUGGUAUCAGAGAUGAUAGAAAAAGGCAUUGAUCCUGAUGAGAUAACUUAUAAUGCAUUGAUUUCAUGUUUAUGUAGAGAUGGGAUGGUAAAUGAAGCACUUGAUUUGUUAGGAGAUAUGGAAGGGAAUGGUUUUCCACCUACUGUUAUAACUUAUAACAUUCUUCUUCUUGGACUAUGCAAAGCUCAUAGAGUUGUUGAGGCAAUUGAAGUUCUAGCAGAGAUGGUAGAAAAGGGGCGUCGUCCAAAUGAAACAACGUAUAUUCUGUUGAUUGAAGGUAUUGGUUUUUCAGGACGGAGAGUUCAAGCAAUGGAGAUGGCUAGCGCGAUUUAUCAUAAGAAUGCUAUCUCGAAAGAAUCACUUCAACGUUUGAGAAAAACCUUUCAAGUACCUGAUGUUUAUAGUAAAGAUAUUACUACUAUCUUAAGAAACCAGAAACUAGUUUCUUGAAUCUGUUUC